GAUGCUGCCUCUGUUUGCGCCGCACAUCAGCAGCCAAGCUCCUCUCUCUCUAUCUCUCUUUCUCUCAGUCAGACAGACCCAGGCCAGGCAGAGGCAGCGCGUCCGCCCGGAGAGAGAGAGAGAGCACGCACCGCAUAGCGCUACAGCCGACUGACCCAGAACGUUAGUCAUAUUCACGGUCUUUUCAAAUGGACGUCUCCUCUGAUACCGCCUUUUGACACUGGACGGUGCUCUUAUAGUCGCGUUCAACGUGUGAAACGUCUCAUCCUGGGCUUGUUUUUUUAUUAUUAGGUAACUGGUUCGCCUCGACGACACAGAGAGAACCAUACUCCCCCCUCCAUCGAUAGCUCGCUAAGCUAAGCUAGCCCGCUAAUUUAGCUGUGAUACUUUGUAGCGAAUCGGCGUCCGUUUUCUGCCUCCUAGCUAGCCUGCGGUCAGUUGCGCCACAGCGGUGGAUUGAGGCGCCCCGGCAAUCCAGUGUUUUAACAAGUCCCGCCCUACUGUGCUGUGUUUGGCUAGUACUCGUCACUUUGGAUUGGAUGCUGGCAAAGGAUACAAGCAAGCCCAUAUGAAAGUGACAGUACAGAGCGGUGCUAAAGAAAGAGCAAAGCACCUGCAGGACCGACACGCCAUCCUCUAUAAAGAACCUGGAGUGGUGGAGACGUCUGCCCUUUCAACAUCACAAAAGAGCAUGUUUGAGUGACACGCAAAGGAGGAAGUGGGAUCUCUGACGCUCCCCGCCCUGUCUUCUGGUGGAGCACCCUGCACAUCUGACCAGAGACCCCUUUAGUCACUUAGGAACAGGAUGAGGAGGUUCGCCUACUGUAAGGUGGUUUUGGCCACCUCUCUGGUGUGGGUGAUGCUGGACAUGUUCAUUCUGCUCUACUUCAGCGAGUGCAACAAGUGUGACAACAAAAAGGAGACAGGACUGCCUGGGGGAAACGAUGCCCUGGUCAGGCCGCGGGAUGGGCCUGGUGAAGGGGGGAAGCCUGUGGUCAUCCCUAAGGAGAACCAGGAGAAGAUGAAGGAGAUGUUUAAGAUCAACCAGUUCAACCUCAUGGCCUCUGAGAUGAUUGCUCUCAAUCGGUCUCUGCCUGACGUCCGCCUGGAAGGGUGCAAGAACAAGUUAUACCCUGAUAAUCUUCCCCGUACCAGCGUGGUGAUUGUAUUUCACAAUGAGGCGUGGAGCACGCUGCUGCGAACCGUCCACUCGGUCAUCGACCGCUCUCCACACACACUGCUGGAGGAGAUUGUCCUGGUGGACGAUGCCAGUGAGAGAGAUUUCCUAAAGCGGCCGCUGGAGCAGUAUGUCAGAAGGCUCGAAGUCCCUGUCAGAGUGGUGAGGAUGGAGCAGCGGUCUGGACUUAUUCGUGCUCGUCUCAAGGGAGCAUCCAUCUCCACUGGCCAGGUCAUAACCUUUCUGGAUGCUCAUUGUGAAUGCACCACAGGGUGGCUA